AUGGCGCUCGCAGCCGAAACGAAGCGGGUUGUCGCGCAGUUUGACUUUUCCGACAGCGAUGUCGACCUUCACGUCAAGGAGUUCUUGCGACAAAUGGACGAGGGGCUGGAAAAAGAUGGCACCAGCCUGAGCCAGAUCCCCACUUACGUCACCGGAGUCCCAAACGGCACAGAAAAGGGUCUGUACAUGGCCGUCGACCUUGGCGGAACCAACUUUCGCGUUUGCGCCAUCCAGCUCAAUGGCGACACGACCUUCAACCUGACCUACUCCAAGGUCGCGAUUCCCCCAGAGCUUAUGGUGGCCAAGACAUCGUCGGAGCUCUUUGCUUUUCUCGCUAAGCAGAUUGAGGUAUUCCUCAAAGACCAUCAUGCUGAGCGUUUUGCCAGCAACGCCAACGAACACAUCUUCCGCCUCGGCUUCACAUUCAGCUUCCCAGUCAAGCAGCUGGCAAUCAACAAGGGCCUGCUCAUAAGAUGGACAAAGGGCUUUGACAUCCCCGAGGCGGUCGGCAAGGAUGUGUGUGCCCUCCUGCAGACUGAGAUUGACAAGCUCGGUCUGCCGGUCAAGGUGGCUGCCCUGGUCAACGAUACCGUUGGCACGCUCAUGGCGCGUUCCUACACGUCGAACGGCAAGCAUCGAUCCCUCAUGGGUGCCAUUUUCGGCACUGGCACCAACGGUGCGUAUAUUGAGAAGACGGCCAACAUCAAAAAGCCGAUCGAGGGCGAGUACGACACGUCAACCGGUGAGAUGGUUGUCAACACCGAGUGGGGGUCGUUUGAUAACCAGCUCAAUGUAUUGCCGACGACGCCGUGGGACAAGGCACUCGAUCUCGAAACGCCCAACCCCGGCUUCCAGAUGUUUGAGAAGCGAAUCUCCGGCAUGUUCCUCGGCGAGCUGGUGCGCCUGGCGAUUGUGGACAUGAUGAAGAAUGAAGAAAUCUCCCUGUUCAGGGACAUCAAUUCGAGCUUCAAUGACUGGAUGACGACCACUAGCAUUCCCAAGGAGUCGGGUCUGCUUAGGACGGGAGGUCUGGAUAGCGCCAUCCUGUCUGUCGCCGCCGCGGAUAACAGCCCAGACCUGUCAACACUGCGGCAGUCUCUCGAGAACGACCUCCACGUGUACAACCCCGCCCUAGAGGACGCCCAAGCCUUCAAGGCCGUCGCCGGUGCCGUCGUCCGCCGCGCGGCGCGCAUGUCGGCUGUCGCCAUCGGCGCCAUCGCCCUGAGGUCGGGCCUGCUCGACGACCCCAAGGAGGAAGUGCUGGAUAUUGGCGUGGACGGCAGCCUGGUGGAGCACUACCCCUUCUUCCGCGAGAUGAUCUACGAGGCUCUCCCGGCAGUCGAGGGUGUUGGCGCCGCCGGUGCCAAGAAGAUUCGCAUCGGCAUCGCUAAGGACGGCAGCGGCGUCGGCGCCGCGCUCAUCGCGCUCGUGGCGCAGCAGCAGCAAGGAAAAUGA